ACAAACAUCAGAUAAGUUGUUUAAUCUUCUGAUAUCUAUUGCAUGCUUGUUAUUUGUCAAUAAUUAUUAUUUGAUUUUAUUUGUUUGUAUUAUAUUUUUAUUGAGAAGUUUAUUUAUCACUAUGCAUUCAAGUGAAAGGGAGAUAUUAAUACUAUACAUUGGAUGGGAAAAUGGCUGGGAAAACGAAUGUAACUUUUCUUUUAUUAAGCGAUUAAUGAACACUGAUAAAAUCACUAACAACGUGAUUUUAAUUUUACUUAAAGUCUUUCCAUCUAAAACAUUGUUUAGUUUUAUAAGUUUUAUUUUGCCAAUUGAAUUUAAUUUGCCUAAUAUUGAAGACUUUGAAAAAAUAUGCAUUAAAACCUCCGCUCAGGUUAAAGAAUGGAGUAUAAGUCUAGCAUUAAAUGGGUGUAAAAAUAUGGCAUAUUAUUUUAAUAACCUACGCACAGAGCAACUGUCCAUGUCCAUUCGAUUAUUAUCAUUAGAAGUUUAUUCUACCUCUGUGGUACCACGCUCUACCUCAAUUCUUGUUAACAAAUGGAAUGGAAUUCUCAUAUAUAUAUCAAAUUGGUGUAAAAAUAUAAUUUAAGAACUACAAGUUAUUGUCACAGUUUUGAGUAAAGCAACUGUUCUUCUGGUUUAAAAUGAAGUAUGAAUCUAGUAUCAACUGUGUGUACAAAGAUUUACUACUUAAAGAACUUAUCAAUGGACCAACUGAUUAUAGAAUAGUUUUUUAUGAGAAUAAAAAAAAUUUCA